AUGCAAUCCAUUACGAACAAGUUGUCAUCAGCGCUUGCGAUACUGUCCUUGUACUGCAUGCCAGACGUAUGGCCUGAUCCUGUGGCAUCUUUAACCAACAUCUGGGCAGCACAGCCAGAGCUUCUGUUACGAGUGCUGGCAGAAAUUGCUGCCGAAUUCUCAAACAUUCAUAUGCCGCUUACGCAACGGAGUAAGCUGAAAACCGAACUUCAUAAGACUUCCGAGGAUAUAAUUCGUAUCAUAUCCACCGUAAUGCGUGCAGAAGAUGCGUCACCGUCUACUCGGCAAGCAGCGGUUGAAUGUGUGGAGCAGUGGGUAAAGUUGCCUGGCGUUGGUCUACAUCAAUGGACACCUGUCUUAUCGAUAGUAUUUGGCGCUGUUUCUGAGGAUAGUGCUGCUCUUACCAAUCUUCUCAAUAUACUGGCAGCCAACGACGAAUUGACUUCUAUCGAUCAACUUGUGCAGGAUAUAUGCCAGUACAUCACAACGGCUGGUGCGCAGAUAAUCGCAACCGAGCUGGCGGAAGAUAUCCACAGUGAAGACGUGGUAUCUCUCGUUUCAGCAGUCUGCACUAUUGCGGUAACCUCAGUCCCAACGCUGUUGCGGAAUGCCAAGAACAGCCCAGCUUUACUCUGGUAA